AUGGUUCGUGAGACAGGUGCGCGGGAGGGGGUCCCCCAGGCCCUGCUCCAGCAUGCGCGUGUCCGCCGCCCGCGAGACGAGGGGGAGGCUUUGGCCAGGCUCCUGCAGGAGCACUGCGAGAAGGAGGAGGUGGAGGAGGGUCCCUCCGAGCUCCGGUCCUCUCUAAGGAGGCGGUCUUCCGUCGGCAAGAGCAGGUCCGUCCGAUUUGCGGAUGCCGAGACCGAAGAUGCGCUUCAGAGGCUCCUUCGCCACACCCAGGAGUCCAAGCCGGCGGGCACCGAAAGGGCGGAGGAUCAGAACAAGAAGUCAUGGAAGAUCUCCGACGAUGACUUCCGGGCCUUUGUGCUAUCCCUUGCGCAGGAGGAUCCAGCUCCGAAGCCCCCGGUGCUCGCUGCCUCAGCAUCCGCGCCCGUGUUGCGCGGCCGCGCGGGCCCAGCGGGCCCAGCGGGAGCCCUGAAGGACCCGAGGAUCAACGUCCACAUCUACUUCGUGGACUCACAGGAUGUCAUGACGUUGCGCGUCUCACCUGAUCUUCGGGUUGGCCCGGCACAGCCUCCCAAAGGAAACCGCUUCACUGACAUAUAUGGCCUGGGUGCGAACACAAAGGGCUUUGCGGAGUUCAAGAAGUUCGAUUACCAGCGGCGGCAGUGGCUUGGUGGCUUCCGCAAGGACUGGGUCCCAGCCUGGUCCGAGUCUCUCAAGGGCAUUGUCCAUGACUUGACCGGCAUGGACGUAGCCAGGCAGCGCUUCUUCUGGAAGAAUGUGCCGAUGACCAACGACAACCUCACGCUUCGAUCAUGGGGCGUCAAAGAUGGGGAUGGUGUGCAGCUGCGCUUCCAGCAGAAGAUUUCACCGCAGCAGCUGGCGAUGAUGCGGAAGGCUUGCCAAGCAGCCACGGCAUCCGCUGGUGAUGUGGAAAGGUCGAUCGCCUCGAUGAUGGACCCCUCGCUGCCUGUCAAGGCUGAGAUGGAGUCGUCGACGGCCUCCGACUUCUUCAAGCCCCGGAGGCAGGAGGAAGCACCAUCCUCGAAGGCCGCCCAGAAGCAGAGCAAGCGCGAGCAAGAGCGAAUGGCGCUGAAGGAGGAGGCGACAACCGCACAUCUUCGAAACAGCAGGCAUCUCAAGCGCUGUACGUCGAAAGGGGAUGUCUGGAUGAUGCCCCGGUGGAUCUCGCAGCAGAACUCGGGGCACUUCUCGCCCACGGGAAACCCCAAGACCACGGUGCUGAACCGGGAGCCGGAGAAGUUUGCCGAAAAGAGCAUCUAUCUGUCCGAUGCGUACCGCGCGGAUGUGAGGCGCGUUCGCCAGUCGGUGACGGGCAAUCCGCUCUACACCAAGUCGAACAGCUGA